UCAGUAAUAGUUGAUCCUUGUCACACACCAAAUCGGAAGGCUGAGGACGCUCGUGGCAGCCAAAAAAGAAAGGCUACUCGACCGCAGCAGGUUACCGAUGUUGUGCACGUUGAUGUAGAUGAUAAGCUUUUCAAUUCCUUGAAGUGCGAACCGCCGUGCAAACUCGCUGCUAACAACAAAGAACUGGAGCAGCCGUCUCCUACCGUAUCUGACUCGCACACUAGUGGAACAAGCAGUCAAGCUGGGGACACACCCGCGAAAUGCUUCGAUUGUCAGGUCGUGAAGGAGAAGCUGAACGUUUCGCAAUCUAAAAUGUUGGAAUAUGAGCAGAAGAUUAACCAUCUCGAGGCGAAGAUCGUCGAGCUGCAACGAACUGCCAGUGAAAGAAAUCACAACAAUAAUCAAAGUGAAAACUUCCACGCAGAAGGCAAUUCCGAUCAGCUACAGGUCGCUGUGAGUUCGAGUUUCAUUGUGUCAGUUCAAGCAGAAAGAAAGAGAACGGCAGCGAGAGAGUACAGUACACCUAAUUGUGCCCUUUGUCAAAGCAGUUUCUCGCUCUCUCAUCUCAUCAAGUCAAGAUUAGGAAGAAGUACUGUUGUACACGUAGGCGGCUAA